CCACAGAGCAGCGUCUUUACUAGUUAGCAUAGAGGAUUCUUUAAACUACUGGAAAAGCGGCCAGGGAGAAAUCGGAAAUGGCGUCUCGUGGAAACUUCAGAGGAUCGACUUCCGCACGUUUUGUGAAGAAUAGAAGAGGAAAUAAGAAUUAUAGUAGCUCAGGCCAGCGUAGCGGACCACAAUAUCAGCAAAAUUACAACAACUUUUCUGGAAGUAAAGGUCAGAAUAAAGAAAAUGGGAAUUCGGUAUUUGACGAUAUCGCCAAUGAAAGAAUAAAACAUGUCAGAGAAAUAGACUUGUUGGACUCGAUUUUCGGAUUCGACAAAUAUGAGUCGGGCCCAAAGAGAACCGGCUGGCUAGUUAAUAUGCAUUCGACCUUGAUUCAGGAUGAAGACUCCCAUGACCAACUUUCAGGUGUCGACUAUUAUUUCCUUGAUGAAGAAGGUGGCUCUUUCAAGGUUUCCUAUCAAUUCGAUCCCUAUUUCAUGAUUGCAUGUCCGCCGGGGAAGUCUACGGAACUUGAAGAAUGGCUCCGCAGAACUUUAGAUUCAACGGUCAAGUUGAUAUCAACCAUCGAGAAGGAAGAUUUGGAUUUGGCAAACCAUUUGACGGGUAAGAGACGGACUCUAGUAAAGCUAUCAUUCAACAAUAUCACAGACCUAUUAAACGCUAGGAGAACUUUACAGCCUUACAUCAAUAAAAACAAAGCACGUAAGGAAAGCAAUGAUAUCUACAAGUCUAUGAACUUAAAUUAUAGCAGCAUAAAUAAAGAAACUAUUGAAAAUGACGACUUGUUAAUGGAUGUGGACAUAGAAGAGGAAUUUGGAUUCAAGUAUACCGACGCUUCGGAGCUAAUGCUAGAUAUCAGAGAAUAUGAUGUUCCUUAUCAUGUGCGUGUUUCUAUCGAUGAAAAUAUUCGAAUUGGAAAAUGGUACACCGUGGAGGCUAGUCCUACAGGCCCAAAUAUUAUAGAGAAUACGGAAAAAAUUGCAUUUGCCGACCCCGUAGUUUUGGCAUUUGAUAUAGAGACCACUAAAGCCCCAUUGAAGUUCCCAGAUUCUUCAACAGAUCAAGUCAUGAUGAUUUCCUACAUGAUUGAUGGGGAAGGUUAUUUAAUUACAAACAGAUCCAUCAUAUCUGAAGACAUCGAGGAUUUCGAAUAUACCCCUAAACCAGAAUAUGUUGGCGAAUUCUCGAUUUUCAAUGAAACGGAUGAAAAGGCAUUACUGCAAAAAUUUUUUGAACACAUACGAGAUGUAAGACCAACAGUCAUUGCCACUUUCAACGGUGAUUUUUUUGACUGGCCUUUUGUCGAAGCAAGAGCAGCAUUCCAUGGAUUGGACAUGUUUAAAGAAAUCGGUUUUGCCAAAGAUGCAGAAGGUGAAUAUAAGUCAACUUAUUGUGCUCAUAUGGAUUGUUUUCGAUGGGUUAAGCGUGAUUCAUAUUUGCCUCAAGGUUCCCAAGGUUUAAAAGCCGUCACAACAGCUAAGUUGGGCUACAAUCCGACAGAGUUGGACCCAGAAUUGAUGACUCCCUAUGCAUAUGAGCAUCCUCAGUUGCUUUCAGAAUACUCUGUCUCCGAUGCAGUGGCCACAUACUAUCUCUACUAUAAAUAUGUUCACCCGUUCAUUUUCUCCUUGUGUACCAUUAUUCCUUUGAAUCCAGAUGAAGUUUUGAGGAAAGGUACCGGUACAUUGUGUGAAAUGUUAUUGAUGGUUCAAGCAUAUAAUGAGAACAUUCUACUACCGAAUAAGCAUAUUGAUCCUCCAGAAAGAUUUUAUAAUGGACAUUUGCUAGAGUCGGAAACCUAUGUGGGUGGCCAUGUGGAAUCUCUAGAAGCAGGUGUUUUCAGAUCAGAUUUAAAAAAUGACUUCAACAUAGAUCCAACUGCAGUUGAUGAAGUUGUCGCAGACUUAAAAAAUUCGUUAACUUUUGCUAUCACAGUUGAAGGAGGAAAAAAAGUCGAAGAUGUUACUAACUUUCAAGAAGUUCACGAUGAGAUAAAAGCGAAGUUACUGUUGUUGAAGGAAAACGUGAAACGCCAUGAGACUCCUUCUAUUUAUCACGUUGAUGUGGCUUCCAUGUAUCCUAAUAUUAUGACUACAAAUCGUUUGCAGCCAGACUCAAUGAAAUCAGAGGAAGACUGCGCAUCUUGUGACUUCAGUAGACCAGGAAAAAUGUGUGAUAGGAGGUUAACUUGGGCUUGGAGAGGUGAGUAUUAUCCUGCUGAAAUGAAUGAGUACAAUAUGAUCAAAAAUGCUGCUUACAGUGAAACAUUUCCACCGAAAUAUCCUAGUGGUCCCAAAAGAAAGUUUGAGGAGAUACCUUACACCGAACAGGUAGCUCAUGUGAAACAGAAGAUUGCCGACUAUUCAAGAAAAGUUUACCAUAGAAUCAAAUCUACUGAAACUGUUGAGCGUGAAGCUAUUGUUUGUCAAAGGGAGAAUCCAUUUUAUGUCAACACGGUGAGGAGUUUUAGAGAUAGACGUUAUGACUUCAAAGGACUAGCCAAAGUCUGGAAAGGCAAAGUAAAAGCAAUUGAAUCUUCUGAUAAACAUGCCAUUGAAGAAGCUAACAAAAUGGUCGUGUUAUACGAUUCCCUGCAGUUGGCACACAAGGUUAUUUUAAACUCGUUUUACGGUUAUGUCAUGCGUAAGGGUUCCAGAUGGUAUUCAAUGGAAAUGGCGGGUAUUACAUGUCUUACAGGUGCUACUAUUAUUCAAAUGGCACGGCAAUUGGUGCAAAGAUUUGGCAGACCAUUAGAAAUUGAUACAGAUGGUAUUUGGUGUAUUUUACCCUCAAGUUUUCCAGAGGAGUACAAUUUCAAGCUUAAGAAUGGUAAAUCGUUUUCUGGUUCGUAUCCAUGCUCCAUGUUGAAUUACUUAGUCCAUGAAAAGUUUACAAAUCACCAAUAUCAAACCUUGACCGAUCCUACGCGAUACAAUUAUGAAAUGAAAUCAGAUAACUCUAUUUUUUUUGAAGUCGACGGUCCAUACAAAGCGAUGGUUUUGCCAACAUCUAAAGAGGAAGGUAAGGGUUUGAAGAAAAGGUAUGCUGUGUUCAACUUUGAUGGGUCCCUAGCAGAAUUGAAAGGUUUUGAGUUGAAAAGAAGAGGUGAACUUCAAUUGAUCAAAAAUUUUCAGUCAGAUAUUUUCAAAUUAUUCUUAGAAGGAGACACUUUGGAAAAAUGUUAUCAAACUGUUGCAAACGUUGCCAAUAGAUGGUUGGACGUUCUUGACACCAAAGGUAAAAUGUUAGAAGACGAAGAUCUAAUUGAGUUGAUUUGCGAAAACAGAAGUAUGUCCAAGAAGUUGGCCGAAUACGGUAAUCAGAAGUCAACCUCAAUCACUACAGCAAAAAGAUUGGGAGAAUUUUUAGGAGAAGAGAUGGUGAAAGAUGCAGGGUUAGCAUGUAAGUAUGUUAUUGCUCAGAAACCAAUUGGAAGUCCUGUGACAGAACGUGCAAUUCCAACCACCAUUUUCUCCUCAGAAGCAGAUGUGAAGAGCAAAUAUUUGCGUAGAUGGUUACGUGAUCCCUCAUUGACGAACUUUGAUCCUAGAGAUAUUAUUGACUGGGAAUACUACAGGGAACGUCUAGCUUCGGUUGUGCAGAAAAUCAUUACCAUUCCAGCUGCUUUGCAAGGUGUUAGAAAUCCUGUUCCGAGAGUUGCACAUCCUGAAUGGUUGCAGAGAAAGAUAGAUAUUGGUGAUGAUAAACUCAAGCAGUCGUCUUUGAAUUCUUUUUUCAAGAAGGCUCCUAAAGGGUCUAAACUUACUUUACCAUCGGCAGACAUUGAAGACAUUGGGUUGUCUGCCUCAAGUAACGGUCAAAAGGUUGCCAAAGUGACAUCUAGAAAAAGAGGCUUUAAGAACGAUAAUGACCUGGAAGAGGAAGAACAAAGAAUAUUGAAAGGAAAAAUGCCUGAUCCUUUGGUGAAUUAUCCUGCAUUUUUGAUUUAUCAAAAAAUCAAAUGGAAGAUGAAAGCAAAAGAAAGAGAAAGGAGAGAAAAGAUCUUUGGUAGAGGAAAUCUCACCACGCUUUCCUCGUUUUCAAUGAAUAGAAUGUUGAAGGACCAAGCUGAGUCUUAUUUGAACUCCAUCUGGCAGGUUAUCGAAUAUAAAUAUGAUCCUUUACGGCCUGACAGCUUGAAAGUUUUUGUUUUAAUCAAUAGUAAACUACAGACAAUUCACAUUCAAGUCCAGAAAAAAAUUUACAUAAAUUUUAAGAAUAACAUGGAAUUUCCCAAAGAUGAAAUCGAGUUAUGUGAAGUAACGAAAACAAACAGUACUUUACCAACAGGAUCAUCCGAAACUAAAAAUGUCUAUAAACUUGUGAUGCCUCAUUUUGUUUACGAAGAGGAGAUGAAGAAAACAGACGGUCUUUUGAACAGUCCUAUGGUAGAAGGUUUAUACGAGACUCAUAUUGAUGCUGCUGAAAGGGCUAUAAUGGAUUUAGGUACAUGCAUCAAAUUUGAGGAAUCCAAAGCGGUUCACCUUGUAAAAUCUUUCGAGAAAGGUUUCGAUCAAAACCAUUUGAAAACUCUUCCCUCUGACGGCUAUUUAAGUAAAAUGUCAAUGGGUGUUCUCUAUCUUUUACACAUUGUUUCGAACUCGUAUGAAAUCUUCACUUUGCUAAACAAUUCUAAUGAUACUGCAUUCGUUUACAUUCUCAAACCUUCAUCUGGCGCUCAGCAAUUACCUUCCAAUUUUGAAAGUAUGUACAAAGAAGUCUAUAAGGAAAAAAAAGAAAUUGUUGACAAGUUGUACAGUAUCAUUGACUAUAAAUCUGAAAUGAAUUUUGAAAUAAAAUAUUUCACUGAUGUCUCUAAAAUUUACAAGAGUCUUAACUCUAAAUUGAUAAAUAUUACUGCCAAUUUAGCAUCAAAGAUGGUCCUUGUCAUUCAAUCUCAUAUUGCAACAAAACUAAAACAAAUGUUUAAAGUUUCAGUUGAUCUUCCGACUAUAACCAUGGGAAUAUCUGAAGUUCAAGUCCAAGCAUUAACGUGGCAUUCAGUCAUUAUUAAAAGAAUCAUGAAUCAUUAUCUGUCGUUAUCCACCUGGCUGAAGAAAUUAAUGCAGCUAUCUAAGUAUACCAAUGUUCCAUUGUGCAACUUGAAUGUGAAUAACAUUGGUUAUUUGAUUGACAUAAACUAUUCCAGGAGAUUGUCGAAUAAUAACAUCAUAUUAUGGUGGUCACCGAACUCAAACCCUGAUUAUGGUGGUGCAGAAAAGGAAGAUUUUAUGUCUUCGAUUGAGGAGUCACUAAAAUUCCCUGUUUUUAAUAGACCGGAAAUAUACGAUACAGUCUGUUUAGAAAUAGCAGUUAAAAACUUGACAGUUAACACCAUCUUGUCAUCUGCACUUAUUAACGAAGCAGAGGGAGUAUUCAUUUCUGAGAAUGGUGACAAUCAAAACUCUACGUUUGCGGACAACAGUUUUUCAGGCCCUGCCCUAACGAUUCUGCGAAGCAUGAUCCAGUCAUGGUGGGAUGAUGCGAUCAAAGACGUUAAUGAAGCAGAUGCUUUGAUAAGCUCACUUUUGAAAUGGUGUUCAAACUCUUCGUCUUAUCUCUACAAUUCCUCCCUACACUACCAUAUUCACAAUCUCACUAAAAAAUCUAUGAUUCAACUGUUAAGUGAGUUCAAAAGACUGGGCUCUUCUAUUGUUUUUGCUGAUAGAAAUAAAGUGAUCAUCAAAACCUCUAAGACAGUUGUCGAUAAUUCAUAUGCUUAUGGUCAAUACGCAAUUUCAAGCAUUCGUGCCAAACCACUUUUCAAUUUAUUGGAGCUAGUCAUUGUGAGGUACUGGGACAUGCUUGUCUGGAUGGAUAAAUAUAAUUUUGCUGGUAGUUUUGCUUGGGAAAUUUACGAAGACAAUUUGACACAAAAAACGAAGUUGCUAGAAGAAAAGAACAAAGAGGAAAAUGAUACCAACAUUGAUAAGCAAAGUGAUAAGCUAGAAUAUGUUUCAAAAUGGCAGAUUAAAAAUUACUUACCUAUUAUCUUACACCAAGAAUUCGAAGAUUGGGUUUUGAUGAUACUUGACGCUUUGAUCAAGAAUAGAAAGAAGCAAGCUGAAGAAAAUAGUGGGUCAGGAUCUCAGGUUCGGGAGACACAAAUCACCCAAAUUUUAAUGCAGCAGAAGAAUCUCGAUGAAGAAGUCGACAUUGAAAAAAUCAGUAGAGAAGGUUUAUGUUCUCACUUCCGUAAACCUUUAUUGAAAAGAAUCAACACAUUAGUCGGUAAGCAAACAGAUGUGAUGAGAGAUCCAGAGAUGGCGAAAGAGUAUGAGUUUCCGAUAUUGGCUGGCUCACAUCUUAAACUUACAAAUCCUACCCUUGAAUUAGUCAAAUACAUUUGCCAGGUUUUGUCUUUAUCCAAAAAAAGAAAUAUGGAGGUCCGAAUGUUACGCCGUGACUUGUUAAAGUUAUUUGGUAUCAAAGAAUUUAGUGAAGAGGGUAUGUUCAAGAACCCUUCUACCUCUUUGGUCAUUCCCGAAGUGAUUUGUGAUACAUGCUAUCAAAUCAGAGACAUUGACAUUUGCAAAGAUGAUGGUCAACUUUUAUGGCACUGUUCAAAUUGUGACAAGGAAUAUAGUAAAUUAAUCAUUGAAGAAAAUUUGAUUUACGAAUUCAACAAAUUGCUCGUCCAAUAUUUUACACAGGAUUUGAAAUGUAAUAAGUGUGGUAGUAUGAGAAGUGACGAGUUGUCGAAGUAUUGUGACUGUUCGGGAAGAUGGGUUAAUACUGUUAAUGUUAGAGAGCUGGAAAAGAAAUUCAAGAUAUUUUUGAACGUUUCAGACGCUUAUCAGUUAGGUUUGUUGAGGGAAGUUGUGUCAGAAGUUUUGUAGGUCUGAUGAAUGGCUAAAGUUCCUAUAAUAUAUCAACCGCUUCAUAUCUUGUAACACUAGUAUUAAUUAACUAUAAAAUAUUUUACAUCGCUGUUGCAGAUGCUACUGGCAACGGCAUCAAUAUCUCUCCUUUAACCUCGAAGCGAUGGUUCUCAAGUUACCGUAAACUUUACCUGGAGGACUACCCAAAAUCAAGCUCAUUACUGCUUCCCUUGCCAUUUUAAUAUGCGUAAAUCCCCCGAGAAUGUGAAUCUUGGAAUCUGCAAGAACUAUUCUCGUUCUAGUGGCAUUUUCGAUUGCGUAUUUUGUUCUGCCAUCCUUGCCUGCAAUACGACCAAUAGCACGGGAUAAAUGAUCCCCUUGUAAAGUUUUGACGUCUUUAAUUUCGAAAGACUCUAUGUAUA